AUGAAUUUUGCUAAGAAGACGCAAUACAACAUAAAGGUGGACAUACACGAGGUAAAAGAUUUAAGCUUUCGUGAAAGCGCAAACGAGAAAGAGAUAAUACCAAAUCCAUAUGUGGAAGUAACAGUAAAUAAUGAAAUAAAAAGCACUUCUAAAAAGAAUCAAGCAGUGAAUGUCGUAUAUAAUACGUCGUUUAAUUUUUCUAUGGAUUUAACGGAUUAUCACUUUCAGAGGACAAGUGUGGAUGUGUGUGUUUUACAUAAAUAUACAAUUCAGAGUGCAUUAAUAGGAAAAUGUUCAUUUAGUUUAAAUGAUGUAUAUUCAAAAGUACAGCAUUGGUUAUAUAGGAUAUGGGUAAAAUUAAGAAACCCUGAUUUACCUCUAGAUGAUGUAGGUUAUUUAUUGAUAUCUGUUGGUGUAUAUGGUCCAGGAGAUUCUAUACCAAUAGUUAAUGAUAGUGUAAAAGCAAAUAUUAAUGAAGAGAUAUGUGAAAAUAAAGGGUUAGAUAUUCAUAUAACUCACUACGAUUUGUGUAUUAACAUAUUUAGAGGUCAAGAUAUCGAAUUUAUUGGUAGCAGUACAUUAUUUUCCAAUAAUUUAGAGCCAUAUGUAAAGGUAUCGCAUAAUGGAUUUGAAGAAUGCACAAAAGUAAUAAGAAAUGAUCCUAACCCUGUAUGGAAUUUAAGUGUUCAUAUACCUACAUGUACACCUUGUUAUGACAAAAACAUUAUCAUUGAACUUAUUAAUGGAGAACAUAAUGGAGUAGUUAUCUAUAGCAUUCUUUUAGAUUUUUUCGAAAUAUUAAAAAGAGAAUUACUUCCUAGAUGGUUUAACAUAUAUUACAAUCCUCAAAACCAAAUAACACCAAGAAGCAGUGUACAUACACAACAGAAUGUAACAAUCCCAGUUAAUACUACAAACACACAGGGAUCUACUAAUCCAUUGAGUAAUUACCUCUUCUCAGCAACAGCAGAGAAAAUUUUUAAAAAUGCAACUCAAGGUAUUAAUAUAAAUGAUAUAUUAGGUGUUACAAAAAUGCAAAAAAUGUUUACGGACGAUAGUUUAAAAGAUUUUUAUUUAUAUGGAGGUAGAAUAUUUCUAAGUGUGCAUGCUACCAAAACACAUGCACCUGGACCGAUAUGCAUAAAGUCAGCUAAAGUUGAACCGGAUCCACCUAACAAAGAAUUUAUUUUCUGUGCUGAUAUAUAUGAAAUAUUAUCUGUCCAUAGUAACAAAGCAAUGAAUUAUCAUGAUAAUAAUACUAUUAAUGACAAAUUAAGUUAUAAUAAUAAAUAUGAUUCAGUAGGAGAUAGUAUAAUAUGUGUAUGUAGCUUAGGACCACAUAAAUUAAAAACACCCCCUCUUUUACCUAAUGAAGUUGGUUCUUAUGUAUUGAACGAAAGUGCAGGUAGAAUAGAUGAGUUUCGUAUAUUCCUACCACAAAAUAACAAUGAACAGAUUUAUGAUAUCUUUUUAUAUAUAUAUGUUAGAUCUAAUUUAGCUGUAACUGAUUGGAUUACAAAUAGGAGGAAUAUUUAUAAUACAGUUCUAAAUAAUGAUUAUGAUCCAACAGAUAUUACUAAUCAUCAAAAAUUACAUAAAAUAAGUUCAAUCAAUAAAACAUCUGAAGAUAUUUAUAACGAUGCAGAAAUUUUAAAUAAUUAUAAAUUAAAAAGUUAUGUUCGUAUACCUUUUAAAUAUUUACUACUUAAUGAAAAUAAACCCAAAUGGUUUUCAAUGAAAAAUAUUGAAACAAAUGUACAUGAUUAUAAUAUUUCUUUUUUUGCUAAUUUGGUACCCUAUCAAUCGUACAGAAAAAGACCACAAAGAUUAGAAUAUAAAUUAUCUAGAUAUUUUUUUCGUGCUUUAAUUUAUGAAGGUUUACAUUUCCCAGCUAAAGGAUAUGAUGCUUUUCCUGACCCGUACAUAAAAGUAGAACUAGCUGGUCAGACAAUUAAAACUAGUACUAUUUUACAUACGCUUAACCCGAAUUAUUAUGAAGCAUAUGAGGUAGAAGUUAUAUUACCUACAAACUUAAAUUUAGCUCCAGAUAUAUCUAUAGAGGCUUUCUCUGUUAAUCAAUCUUUUCUGUACAAUGAAGAUGUUUUAUUAGGAUCAUGCUCCUAUCCAAUAAUGAAAGUUCCAGUUGAAUGGAAAAAAUCUCCUAUAUGGAUUACAUUAAAAUCUUCACAAUAUAAAAAGUGUAAAGCUAAGUUAUUAGUUGCAUUCGAAUUAGUACCAUUAGAAAAAGUGCUUGAUGAUACAUACCCUUUUUAUGAUGAUAUUAGACCAUCUACCUUGCCUGGUCAUGUUUCUCUCUUUUUAGUUGGUAUAAGAAUGUUCAAACCUUUAAAAGAUCCAUCUGUUACUGUUUGCUUUGGUAGAGAUGUAGAUGAUACAUCCCAAUUUUUAUGGCAUGAAACUACUAAUAAAGUCAUAUCAGGGAAAGAAGGAAACUGGAAUUUUCUAAAAUACUUCUCAUUAGAUGUAGCUUUACCUAAAAGAAUGCAACAUCAUAGUUUUUUAGAAGUUAGAAUCGAAGAUAGAUUAUUAAAUAGUGGGUUCACAGGUCCAGGUACAAAUACUACACAUGCAGUUAAUGCAACCAACAAUACUGUCUUAAUCGGUACUGCUUAUAUUACUUUGAAUCCAUUACUUCCAUGGCUAGAUCAAUAUGAAAAAAACGAAUGUAUAGACUUGUUUAAGUUACAUCUACUAGAAGAGGUGCUCAUAGAAGACGCAGAAAAAGCAAGAAAAUCGUAUAACACUGCUCUCAUAUAUAAGAAGAGUUCCAUGAUGUCCAGGAAAAUCUCGAAUGGAAACUUUGGAGCACACGAUACCGACGAGGGGGGUGAAGAGCCAGAGAUGGUGGGCAUACAGGUAGAAGCAGGUGUAGAUGUAGAUCCGGAUGCAGAUCUAGACGCAGAUUUAUACACAGAUUUACACACAGAUGUGGAUAUAAAAGGAAGUGAUAGGAAUCGUGAGUUCCACUCUCUUUCCUUGAACGUUUUAGACGAACAUUUAACUAUACUUGACGAAGAGGGCUAUGAAGGUGAAGAUGACCACGAGAGGGAGGAUGACUUCCAUAGGGUAAAAGGGGAUCGUAAUCUUAACAACGAUAAAGAGCAUCCGUACAGCGAGGCAGAAAACACAUCUAGGGAUAACAUAAAAAAGGAUGAUAAGGGUAUCGGAGGCGUGGACAUCAGUGGAGCCACAAAGGGAUAUGCCAAUGGAAGUAAUAGUGCAGAUAGGAAUGUACUCAAUAAUGUUAACAAUGGGAAAGAUGAGCACGGCAUCAGCGAACUGCAAAAGAAGAGGAGAAAGAACACGAAGAAGUAUUCAAGUAACGAAUAUGUGCCUUACAACGACCCAGAUUUUGCAAAUGUGCGCAUUGAGGAGGCGCUAGAAUAUGUAUGUUUCAAAAAUGCAGAUGUAGAUAUAGAUGUGGAUGUAGAAAAGAAUGUGCAUGGAGAUGUUGAGGAGCAGGACACAAUGCGUGAAAGCACUUCAAGUGAUAAGAAAUUGAAACUGAUGGAUAUGAACAUUUUUAAAGGGAAACACGACGAUAGGGGAAAAAACGUAGUAUCGAGUAGCGUUGACGGACAUAAUAGCACCAAUGAUAUGCAUCAGAAGCAGAGUCAGGCGCAGGCGCAGUGGCAAGGUAGAACGAUCUACGGGUUCACUGAAGAGAUGCUGAACUUUCAACUAUCUUUAGCGGACGAUGAUGAACAAGAAGAAAUACAAAGAGACGAAAUGUUAUAUGAGUACGAAGUAGAUAUGAAUGCUGAUGACUUACCAUAUUUAAGAGCAACCAUAUUUAGAUGCACGGAUUCAGGAAUACCAGAAGCUGUUGGUUAUCUAAAAUAUAUAUGUAAUGUAUAUGAUGAGAAAACAAUUCAUUUAAAAAAGGAAAUGAUGAAAAGGUGUGAUAAUUUAGUAAGUGAAUAUAAACUAACUCGGAAUUUAGUUGUUCGAGCAUAUAUUAUCCAAGCAAGGGGGUUGAAUCCUCCAUCUGGUGCAACUGAUAUAACAACAUAUAUAUGGAUAAAGAACAGUAAUGAAAUUACAAAUAUACCAGGUGGUUUAUCCCAUAAUAUAAAAGAUAUUGGUCAUACAAAAAAACAAGGGUAUAAACCAGAAUUUAAUAGAUCAUAUCAAUUAUUAUGUUCUUUUCCAGAUGAAUCCAUAGUUCAAGUAUGUAUAAUGAAUCAAGGUUCUCUAUCUGAUGAAAUAAUAGGUUAUACCUACAUCGAUAUGGAAGAUCGAUACUUUAGCCCGAGAAUAAGACAAUUAAUGAUAGAUGAUGCUAUGCCGAUUGAACUACGAUCAUUAAAAUUAGAAAAUAGUACCAUAUCACAUGGAUCAUUAAGAUGCUGGUUUGAAAUAUUUACUGAAGAAUUUGCUCAAUUAAAUCCAGUCAAAAUAUUGUGUUCAAAUGAACCAGAUGAUUACCAAUUAAGAUUAGUAAUAUGGAAAGUAAGUAAUGCAGCAAUUGAUGAUAAUUCUACUAUUAGUUUAUUUGUUAGAUGCAUAUAUACUGAUGAAGAAAAUGAAGACAGAAGAGAUACAGAUACACAUUACAACAGUAAAGAUGGUAAGGGUGUAUUCAACUGGAGAAUAGUAUAUAAUAUAAAGAUACCAACAAAUGCAACAACUAUCAAGGUGCAGGUUCAUAACUACGCUCUUCUCUCUUCGAACGAGCCUAUAGGUGAGGCCACUCUGGAUUUGGCUUCUCAUUUCUACAGGGCCAGGAAAAAAAAGGGUUUCUACCACAUACCCAGAUUCUGGUUGGCAUGCAAGCACCCAGCGCACAAGAACAAGAUACGAGGAAAUGUUGAAAUAGAAGCAAGCAUAUUACCUAAGUUUGAAGCCGAAGUUGACCCAGUUGGCAAUGGAAGAGAUGAACCCAACAAGGACCCAUUUUUACCCCCUGUCACUGAAAAUAGAACCUAUGUAGACUGGAUUACCAUCAACGAGAAAUUUGGAGCAGCAACUGCGUCUAUUAUGCAGGGCUUGAAGUGGACAGGUGUGUGGGUGGUCGUAGCAGUCAUAGUUGUGGGCAUAUUUUUCCUUCUGUUUUUGUUAAAGUGA